CAACAUGUGGACUGAAAAAGUUGUUGAAUUCUUGAAUUCUGAUUCUGAAUUUUCGAUUACUGACGAGUGAUAUGCACCGAUUUAAUUAAUUUAUUGCAGAUUAGUGUUUCUUUAAUCUAAUUAAUGUUUAAUAAAUGAAUUAAUUGCGUCGUUCAAGUGCUGUUUAUUGCAAUUAGCGUUUUGUUGUUGAGCAUUAAUACUUCGAAGGAUUUUCAUAACCAUGCCAGAAGCGGAAGUUGUUAACCCCUCCGGUGGAAAUGAAGCGGCUGCUACUCCGAUGUUGAAAAUAAAAAUAGCCGAGCAAAUCGAGUAUUACUUCGGAGAUUUCAAUUUAAUGAAAGAUAAAUUUUUGAAGCAAGAAAUCAUCAAAGACGAUGGUUGGGUUCCAUUAACUACUCUUCUGCGUUUCAAUAGACUGGCUGCGUUGACAAAGGAUGUUGAUGUUAUUCUGUCGGCGUUCAAAGAAAACCCUAGCGAACUCGUAGAAGUUGACGAAGACCGAAAAUGUGUGCGACGUAAUCCAGAUCGUGUGUUACCUGAACAAAAUGACGAUUGGAAAAGUGUUGUUGCUCAGAGAACUGUGUACGUGAAAGGCUUUCCUACCGAAACUGCUUCGUUGGAUGAUAUUCUAAAAUUCAUGCAGGCAUUUGGCAAGAUCGAUAACGUUUUUAGAAGGAAUUAUUUUGAUAAAACUACAAAAACGUGGAAAUUCAAAGGCUCCGUAUAUGCAGCUUUUCCAACGAGAGAAGAAGCGGAAAGUUUCGUUAGCAUUAAAUCAGUGAAAUACGCCGGAAAUGAGCUCAUUAGGAAACUACAAUUGGAUUAUAUAGAAGAGAAAAAAACUGAACGUUUGGAGCAGAAACAGAAAUCCAAACAAUUGAAAGACGAAUUGUUAAAAGAACAACAAGAAAUGAAAAAGAAAGAAUUGAGGAAACUCCCUACUGGAGCCUUGGUUCUUGUUACCGGUUUAACGAACACCAUAAACAGACAUCAAUUGAAAGAUGCUGCUAAAGCAUUGGACUGGGAUGUUGCUUUUGUUGAGUACAAUCCCGGAGACCCAACCGCAUAUAUUCGUCUUCAAGCCCAAGAUUCCGCUAAACAAGCUCUAUCGAAAUUGGAAAAUAAUUCAUUCAAAGUAAACGAUAUUGUCCUUCAAGCCGAAUGCGUAGAAGGCGAAAAAGAAACCGAAUUAUUGAAGAAAAUGGAAGAUGAUAAGAAUACUAUUGUUAUGCAGCAUUUAAUGAAAUCAAAAUUUAAAGGAGGAAAGAAAUUUAAAGGCAAAAGAUUCAACAAAAGAGAUAACGCUGCCAAUGAUGACAAGAAUGAAGAAGAAGACGACGACGACUCUCCAAUGAGCGAAGAUGCUAGUGACGAAAAAAAAGAAGAAACCGCUCAAGAUGAAAAAAAGGAAACCGAUAAAGACGAAAAAAAAGAAACCACCAAAGGUGAUGGCGAACCGAGUGAUAAUGACAGCAAAAAACGCAAACCUGAAGACGAUUCAGAAGAAUCUGCAAAGAAAUCGAAGACCGACUCUGCGUAAGUGGAAUUUGUUUUGCUUGUUGUUCCAGGGUUGUAAAUUCAUUUCCUUUUUUUUUUUUCGAUGAAAUGUUACGACCAAUAUAAUUAACGAUAGUGCAUAAGUCAUUAUGAUAUUUAUAUAUUUUUAUUAAAUAAAAGUGGAUAUUUAUUUUGAAA